AUGGUCAUAGAAAGAUGCCUUAUUUAUAUUAAGAGAACAAAGCAAAUGGACAGUGGAGUGAUUGAAUAUCAGGAAAAAGUUAUGGACUUUGAUGCUCUUAACAAUAUUCCUUGCUUAAUUACUUUUUUAAAAGAAGAGAAGUAUGCAAUCGAAGUACAAAGAACAACAUUUAUUCAUAAGAAUGAUGAAAAUGUGAUAUUAACAUUAGACAAGGCAACAUUCGAAGAUGACUCUUCGUUUGUGGUAUUCUCAAUGAUUGCAGAUAUUGAAAGUGCCAAUUACAACCACUUGUUCAAAGAAAUUGCCAUGAUACAACCUUGCAGAAGCAUAAUAAUUGAACUCAUUUCUAAAGUUAAUCCACAGCUCUACAAUUAUUUGAUUAAACAUGGUCAUGUCAAGGAUAUGGAUUAUAAAUCGAUGAGUGAAGCAGAAUUCGAAGCAGGACCAGAAGAGGCUAUUGAAAGAAACAAAUUGGCCCACUCAGAAAAGGAGAGAAUGAUAAAAGAAAAUGAAGAAUUGGAUGAUGAGGAUAAAUAUUCUUCCGAAUAUAUCAGAAUGUGGUUUAGAAGUGUUCUAAAAUAUGGUCUUUUCAAGUUCAAGGAUGAUGAUGAAGAUAACAAUUAA